AUGGGAAACAGCAAUUUUGCUCAACAGGACCUUACCACGGAGCAGCUGCAGCUCAUCUCAGCGCCCUUCGCGAACUGGACGCGACAGAGAAUAGACACAGAGAUCGAGACAUUCGUCCAGGAGGCCGGCCUUCGAGAUGAUAAAGAUUUUAUCUACCGCGGGGCAAAGCUGGCCCAGGACAAAAACGCAUUCGAACGUCCCCACGACCCUCUUAAGUACCGCGAUGACUUAGACGAAAAGGAAUGGCUUCACCAAGAGUCCAGCGGCAAAGGCAAAGAAAAGUUUCGUCAGACCUGGACGUUGUAUAGCCUCGUCAUUGUGUGCUCAAUCGGAGCCACGGUACAAGGCUGGGACGAGUCGGCUGUCAGUUCAGCCCAGAUAUAUUACCAGUACGCUCUUGAUAUCCAAGGAAACAUCCUCGGGCUCGUGAAUGCGGCACCGUACUUGUGUUGCGCCAUCACUUGCUGGUGGGUGCUCUGA